UUUUCCCAGCAUGCACCGGGGCGCGCCAGUUUCGAGUCUUAUGUAGUUUCCUCACAGACCCGAGAGAGCGGAGUCCACACGAACAACAUGUCAGUGUGUCGGUUACAGGGCUGAAUAAAACUACUUGUCUCUCGGUAUAUGUCGCGUUAACUCUGGAGGCCGGCGGCAAUGUGUCACUUACCUUCUCAGGUCGUGGCAGGGACGCCCGUGAUUUAGCAGUGAACGGAAGAUGAGCAGCCCAGGAGCGAGCAGUGGGACAAACAAACCAGCCGAACUCUUUGAGGACUUGUGGAAACAGCUUGGAGAGUGUCACCAGAACGCACUUCAAGAACUGGAGGCAAAAGUGAGCAAGUUGAAGAAGGAGCGCUGUCUAGAUGCUCAGAGGCUUGAGGUGUUUUACAGUCGCAGCCAGCAGCUGAAGGAGCAAAACAAAAGUCUGCAGGAUGCCAUCAGCCUCUUGGAGGAAAGGCUCCGAGCAGGAGAGUGUGAUCGAUGUGCCAUCCUAGAGGAGAACCUGAAAAACAACCAAGAGGAGAAUCUGUGCCUCAUCGCAAAACUGAAGAAUGAAAGAAACCGCCUCGAGGAUGAAAACAGAAAACUACAUGCUGAAGUCCAGAACUUAAAGGUGUCUCGCUCAGAGCCCCACCAGGCCUCGGCCCCAGAGCAGGAAGAAGGCAUCAUCCCAGACUCACCGGUCCUGCCGAGCUCGCUGCCUGGGACAAACAGACUGAAGAAACGUAAAAACGUUGACAAAAGCAGGAGUGUUCGCUACACAGAACAACCGUGUAACAACUCGCUCUUCAGCGAGCUGAAUAAGGAGCCUGUUGAUGCCUCAAAGAAUCCUGGAAGAGCAGAAGUGCUUGUUCCCAACACAUGUGACCUGGACUAUUCCCAAAUCUCCGGUCUCUGUGUCCUUUCAGAAGACGUGAAUCCUCAUAGGGACGAGGUCAUUGCAGAAACCUGUGGCCUUGAACUUCAUUACUUGAAAACUGAAACGUCUGCAGGGCAGCAGAGCAGCUCAAACACUCUCUGGAGGAACAACAUGCGUUCAAAGCCUCACUGCUCCUCGUCUUCGUCCACACUGAUCCACAGUCCAGACUCGACCACAGAGCGAUCCCCGUCUCUUCUCCCCCGAGUCAAGAGGUUCUCAGAAGAUGGCUCCAUUCACAAAGCAAAAAGGAAGAAGGAAGAGAGUCGGCAAGAGGAAGACAAACAUGGGAUCCUGGAGGGGGCGGACACACAGGGCGAAGGCAAACACAAAACACAACCUGAACUGAUCAGACGCACCUCCACACCUUCAAGCAAUCGGAGCUUUAUGAAGCAGCCACUGGACAGCAAGCUUCAGUCAGCACAAAAUGGGCCCAAUGUAUCCUGUGCCAGUCCUGCUUUCAAGAAGCCACUGGACAAAGGUGAAGGAGGGGGGGACAGAAACCCCCUGCAGGAUGUGAACGCUUCACACGUCCAACACGAAGUGGAGGAUGCUGAAAGGAGGCAAAAAGUGGAGCCAAUGUGGAGCAUGGACCCUGCACUCGCCCUGUCCAUGUAUGAGCAAACAGAAAAACAGUGUCAUGGAGAACUGGUGGAUACCGACUGCACUUGGGUCAGUCACAGCCUACUCCAGUGUCGAGGAGAGGACGGACGGGACAGCGUGUCCGGACUCGGCGAGAAGGCAAAUGACAGUUUGGAUAUGAUGUUUGACACCACGGCUAAUGGGGAGUACAAGUCUUACAACAGUUCACGCAUAGGCCAGAGUCAGCCCUGUGAUGAUGAUGAUGACAUUGAUGAUGAAGAGGAAGAAGAACAGGACAGUGAACGGGAUCCUCUUGAAAACUCUCCAGAUCACAGGAAAGCGCGACACCCGACAUUUGCACACGUGGCAGUAGUCCGCAAGAAAGAUGAGAGAAGGAAACUGAAGGGCACUACCUGCAAGGAAUGUGAAAUUUAUUACGCCCAUCUCCCAGAGGAGGAAAAGCAGAAGAAGUUGACUUCAUGUUCCAGGCACCGUUUUCUCUACAUUCCUCCUUCUACUCCUGAAAACUUCUGGGAAGUUGGAUUCCCAUCGACACAAACAUGCAUUGAAAGAGGUUAUAUCAAGGAAGAGAAGAAUCCUCAGGCCCGUUCACGGAGAAGACAACCGCUCAAUGCUUUAUUCUCACCAAAUAAGGAGAUGAACCAGCAGGAGAGCUGAGAAAGUUUGUCUCACAACACACACAAAGUCACUACGUAAAAACUGCGCUGAGAACCGUGAAGCUCAUCUUCUUUGUUCAUUUUAAAGUCCCUCAUUUUAACAUGUUGCCUUAAUGUGCAGACUGUAAAUACAGAGGAAUGCUCUGAUUAUGUUUAGAUAAAUAAAAGUUACUACUUGUCUAUGGA